GACCAAUCACCGCGCGACAUUGCUGCCCGUGGCCUUUGAAAUCUAAUGUUUUGAAAAGAGGAGGCUGGUGAGGAGAGAAGCCCAUGAGUUUGAAACAGUAUUUUGACUUAUUUUCUUGAGACUUGGUGGUAUUAUUAGCUAUGGCGCUGCAUGAAUUUUCUCAGGAGGAUCUUCUUGGCAAGAAAUAUAAUGAGUUACUCAAGAUUAGCAAGACGUUCGGCAUUAAGACAUCCAAGAGAUUGAAGACAGAGAAGCUGAUAGAGGCCAUUCUGAAGUGUCAGCAAGAGGAAGUCUUUGUGUCCUUGUCCCAGGAUGCAGCAGCUGUGGCCAGUGCUCUGGAUGGUGCGACACACACUCACCAGGACACUGAGGCCGCAACAACUACCUUGGAUGGGGCAACACACUCACAACACACACCCCAAGAUGAACUGCUCCUUGAUGUGCAGUUUCCAGAUUGUGGGCCCAGGGACUUGCUGAAUUGUCACUCUGAUUCACCAACAGAUACCUCGUUGCUAGAGGACACCGUAACAGGGAAGGAAAAGGUAGCUGUGUCGGCCAGUGCAGGGCAGUGUCAGACACACAAGAGGUCAGGCACGUAUGAGGUGGAGGAGAUGGAUGCUGAAAGUUGGGGCAAUGAGGGCAGGAAGCUGCAAAGGUCGUCUACAUUUGACCUUUCCACAAGUAAUGAUACCAUCCUCCCCAUUGAUGAGAAGACUGAUGAGAACUCCAAACAAAUGAGUGUAUUGAUGGAGAAGAUCACGAUGUGCAGAACACGGAGGAAUACCUUGGCUCAGCACACCCACAAUGCACAGGGAACAGUGGGUGACAGCCAGCCAACCAACAAAGAGGGUUUGUCUAGAUCUUGCAAGCGGCGGCGUUCCCAGACUGAGCCAACCAGUAAGGAGUCUGUGCCUUCAUCUUUCCGCCGUUCUCGUUUGUCCAUAUCUUCCUCAGCCAAGCGACGCAGGCAAAGUGUGGUGGUGACUCCUUCUGCCCCAGCACCACCUCUCAGGUCUUCCUCGCUUCAGAGGCAGUCAUGUAGCACUCCAUCUAAGACACCAGCACUCAUUAAUUUCACCACCACAACCACAUCCUCCACAACCAAUGCACUGUUCACUAUUGGCUGUGGGAACAAGAAAGAUGCUGUAGAAGGAGUACAAAAUGGCAAACCAGGCACUCAAGACAAAGCAGCAUCAGCUAUUCCACGUUUCAUGUCCUACGCUCGUCGCUUGAAGGUACCAAACUUUGCACGCAUUCACGAACAAGCCUUUCAGCGCAUGGACAGCCUGGAUGAUUAUGUUGGGAAGCGCAGGGCUCGACAUGACACUUUGGGUAGCACCACCAAGAAAAAGCAGCAAGACAAAGCAGAAGUGUUCCAACCAAGUGUCACAAGUGUCAAGAAUCUGAACUUCAACUUUACUGGAGAGUCAGCAGCUGAAGUUCAUGAUGAAACCAAGGCUUCUCAAACUGUAAUUAAGCACAGGACUGCCCCCAGCCAUUCACAACCCAGAGAUACAAUGAUCAAGAGUUCAAAGAAGUCUGUAAAUACUCCACAAGAUGCCAGGGUGUCAAGAAGAAUUACCCAGGAAGUCAAGCCAGCCAAUGUCUUCACUUCCUCAGCCAAGAAAAGUGUGGCAAGGAAGUCACCAAGACUGUCUUGUAAACCUCCCCUAAAUAGUGCACACAAGAUUUCUCCAAGGCAAGCUCUCAAGACACCAUUAAAUCUAGGAAAGGAAUGUCAGAAUCAAAAGCAGAGCCAUGAAAUGUCUCCCAAAACAGAGGAUAACACUCUCCCCACAACAGGGCGGAAGUUGAGGACAGGUGAUAGGCCUAAGGCAUCACCAAGGCUCACCAAGAAAAUCCCAACAGUGACCUUUCCCGCAUUUGGUUCACACCUGAAGGAGAACUGUUGUCCAGGUCCUAAUGAGGCUGACAGUCCUGCCUCUGUCCGCAAGAGGAUGCAAGAUUACUCUAAAAGUGUUGCUGCCUCUGCAAGAUCCUAUGUUCCUUAUAAAGGUGGUGUGAAACCAAUGAAACAACGUGACAACCUCAAGAACUUGGCUCAACGGAAACACAAUGUGAAAUCUAGCAAAGAGAUCCGGGAGGGACAGAAGAACAUUUUGAAAGGAGUGCGAUUGAACAAGAGGUUUGAGCUUCAGAUGGCAAAUAGAGGGAUCAAGCUGUAGUUUUUGGUAAGGCAGAGUCUGGUUUGCUUAUAGAGAUUGCAGGAGUCUCACUUGUCAACCAAAACAAGGUCUCUUAUAUUGAAAUUAGUCUUAAAUGUCUUUGAUGUUUUCCAUCUGUUGCAUGGUCAUGAGCUAGUUUGAAAUGUAGUCACAAUAUUUCUUGCCCGUCACAAAGGUAACUUAAUGGUUGAAAUGAUAGAAUUGGCAGCCAUUCUUCUUUGUGUUUACUUCUUCACUGAGACAGGUUUGAUAUCUUGUCUUGGCCACCACUCCCUUUAAUGGGGAUCUGUAUUCUGGUUAUUGUUCCUUCAUGUGUUGUUGUAAUGCUGGACUUGUCUAAAUUGAUACAAGUACUCGUGUUGUAUUAUUGUGGUAUUUUAUAUACAAAGGAACAUAACUGCUGCAAGUUUUGAAUAAUUUAAGGGAUUAGUUUUCAUCAUUUAAGGAGUGUCUUUUAGAAUAUUGUCUGUACUUAUAAACAUAUAACUGGGCUAUCUCCUUUUCAUGGAAAAUCAGCCUGGUAUAGCCUAUAUAUAUAUAUAUAUAUAUAUAUAUAUAUAUAUAUAUAUAUAUAUAUAUAUAUAUAUAUAUAUAUAUAUAUAUAUAUAUAUAUAUAUGUUUCAUCAGUUUCCUCUUCCCAUUGGUUAGCCUUUCAUUUAAUUAAAAGAUAAUCAGCUAUA